GUGGAAUGCUUUCUAUCGCAAUCCAUCAAAAUCAUCAAUAAUCUGUCGCCUACCGAUCACCUGGCAACAACGAAACUUGACAGACUCGUCCUCAGUUAAUCUCACCCAUCUAACCUCGGGCUGGAAACUGUCUUUUGCUGCCAUUUGUCCCGAGAAUUGGUCGCAAUCCACUCCAUCAUCGACAUCAAUAACCCAUCCCUAUAUACACCAAUAAAUAUCUCCUUUGAGCAAUCUGCCAAAAUGGCGGAUCCCGUUCAAGUCAAGGAUGAGUUCCCGGAGGAAACAUUCAUGGAUGAGAUAGCGGAGGAUGAGUCGGGCGAUCUGGAGUUCUACGACAAGAGCGCGAUGGACCCAAACUACGACAACAUGUACCUCGCCAGAGUACCUCACUACGUUUGGGAGGCUUGGGCAGAACUCCCCGACGAUGCCAACAUACAGGUCGGAAAGAUCCGGCAGUGGUAUGAGCCUGAUGCAAAGGGAGAGCAGCACAUAAAACUUCGCAUGCUUCUUGACAAUGGCAUCGGGGCGCACCAGAUGAUACCAAAGGAGUAUGACCUGAGGAUAACAGAAAUGACGGUCAAAGAUACCUUUAUCUUUUCGGAAGAGGAUCUUCCCGAAUACAAGGAGAAGAACCGUGCCCGUCGGGAGGCUGCCGCUGCAGGAAUCCCUGCCCAUUUGCUUCGCAACACCGCUUUGGACAAUACCAGCAAUAAUAACAGCAACAGCGGUUCCGGUGGCAGCAGUGGUGCUGGGCGUGGCAACACGGAGAAUAACGAGAAGCCACAGAAGUCCGGCUAUGGUAAAGGACGAAAGGGCCCGAGGAAAGAAUUCUACCGUAAAGCGGUACCAAAGAAAACCAAAAUCGCAGGACGUAUCAAGCACGAGUUGAAUAGCAUCCCUGUGGAUAAUCCUGAAACGGAUCAUUUGUUGGCUCUCAGAGCACUUGAGGCCGCGAAGCCCAAGGCCAAGGUUGCCUUCCAAGACGAGACCAACAUCUCCCAAAACAGCAUCAACCGUGCGACGGACUUUACCACAUCGCGGAAAUACCAGAGCUUCAUUACCGCAAAUGCGGCUCCACCGCCAGUCGUUACGAAACAGAAGAAGACGGAGCUCAAGGCAGCGCGUAUCCCCGAGAACGAGCUGUUGGAUCAAAUCUUCCAGCUCUUCCGCAAGUUCAGUUACUAUCACAUGAAGACUCUCAGGGUCGAACUUCGACAGCCCGAGGCAUACCUGAGGCAAACUCUGGAAAAAGUCGCCGUGCUGCACAAGUCAGGCAACCUUACGAAUACCUGGGGGUUGACGGACGACGCCAAACGAUCCAACGGCAUCUCUCUCGAUGGCCCAGCCACGGUUGCUCCUACAGUGGAGGGCGACCUGAAAGACGACGAUGACGAAGAGGAUAUCAAGAUGGAGGACGUUCCGUAGUGGGAUUUGUUCACGCCUGAACUUAUUUGCAGCGAAAUCAUGGAUAGUCAUUUUUAACCAGGGUUGGGAGCGCUUGUAUUUUUAUGUAAAACUGCUGUCGCACUUGAUUCUUACUGCACGAGAGAGACAGACUGGAGUAGGAUGAAUAGCGUAUCAUUUUCCCAAGAUAUGAUCAUUGAUGAUUUGCUCUGCCCGCUGACCUUGCUAAGAGGUUGUUGACGCUAGCCUGGUGGUAUGGUAUCAGAAUAAGGUACAGUCGACAAAUUGAGUAAAUGUUGAUAUUCAAUCUUACACUACAAAAUUAAUGCAUCCUUUCAACA